AUGAGUGAUUUCAGCAUCGAGUAUAUUUUGAACCGCGCCGGUGAAAGAUAUGUGGGCACCAAUGCAUCUUUGGGUGUCCUACAACGAGUUCGUGCCAGCCUGCCAUUUCAUCCGUACGCCCAGCCAUCAUAUUCCAUUGUAAAGGAGCCACAGGAUUCUCCUCCAGCUUCGGUGGAGGCUCAAAUUCCAGUCUACGAUUGGUUGCAGUAUACCCGCUACCAUCCGCCCAAGUUGCCAAGGCCCCAAAGGCAAAGUGCACCCGCCAAAAGGACACCAGGUCGUCUGCCCCGCAUCCCAUUUACUCCCCAUCAGCUACAGGCCCUGGAAGGUGCCUACAAGGAGUCCAACUACCUUAGUGCCGAGGAUGCCAACAAGCUGGCCGUAUCCCUGGAGCUGACCAACACGAGGGUUAAGAUUUGGUUCCAAAAUCGAAGAGCACGCGAAAGAAGGGAGAAACGCGAAAAGGAUGAGAGCUGCGACUCCACCUUAUCAUCGAAUGCCUCCAGUCCGGAACCAGAAAUGAUCGUUGUGGCAUAA